AUGGCACCUCCCAGACCCCUUCUGAUGCUGGCCCUGCUGGCAUGGGCUGUUCUGGCUGACCAAGAGUCGUGCAAGGACCGCUGCACUGAGGGUUUCAACGCUGACAGGAAGUGUCAGUGUGAUGAGCUCUGCUCUUACUACCAAAGCUGCUGCGCUGACUACGUGGCUGAGUGCAAGCCCCAAGUGACUCGUGGGGAUGUAUUCAUGCUGCCUGAAGAUGAAUAUGGAAGCUUUGACUACAAUGAGGAGACCACAGCCAACGCCAGCCUCCAUGCACAGACAGAGAGCCCCACGCAGAGCUCCGACCAGCUCAGCACCACACAGAAUCCUGUUCCGAACCCUGAGAAUGAAAGGUUGACCCCAGGGCCUGAGGGAACCCUAACAUCUGAGGCGACCCUGGCAGAGGAGAAGCUGUGCAGUGACAUGCCUUUUGAUGCCUUCACCGACCUCAAGAAUGGCUCCCUCUUUGCCUUCCGAGGUCUGUACUGCUAUGAGCUGGAUGAAAAGGCAGUGAUGCCUGGGUACCCCAAGCUCAUCCGAGAUGUCUGGGGCAUCGAGGGCCCCAUUGAUGCCGCCUUCACUCGCAUCAACUGUCAGGGGAAGACCUAUCUUUUCAAGGGUAGCCAGUACUGGCGUUUUGAGGAUGGUGUCCUGGAUCCUGAUUUCCCUCGCAACAUCUCUGAUGGCUUCAAGGGCAUCCCGGACAAUGUGGACGCAGCCUUGGCCCUCCCUGCCCAUAGCUACAAUGGCCAGGAGCGGGUCUACUUCUUCAAGGGGAAACAGUACUGGGAGUAUGAGUUCCAGCAGCAGCCAACUCAGGAGGAGUGUGAAGGCAGCUCUCUGUCGGCUGUGUUUGCACACUUUGCCCUAAUGCAACGGGAUAGCUGGGAGAACAUCUUUGAGCUUCUCUUCUGGGGCAGAUCCUCUGGUGGUGCCAGCGAGACCAAGUUCAUCAGCCAGGACUGGCCUGGUGUGCCAGAGCAGGUGGAUGCUGCCAUGGCAGGCCGCAUCUAUAUCUCAGGCUCCGCCCCCCACUCUUCGUGGGCCAAAAAGCACAAGUCUGCACGUCGCAAUCGCAAACGCUACAGGUCUCGUGGUCGUGGCCAGCCAGAAGUCACGCCGGCCAUCCCGCUCAGUCUGGCUGUCUUGGUUCUCCAGUGA